ACGAAUCAGUUGGCCGUCGUAGAACAUCGAUCGGUCGAGUACGACGAGUAAUCCUUCGGAAUCCGGUUGUACAAACGUUCAUCACAUUACUGUUUCAUUUCCUUUUAUUUCUGUUUAUUUUCCUCCUCUUCUUCUUCUUCUUCUUCUUCUUCUUCUUUCUCUGCUUCUUCUUCCUCUAUUUCCUUCCUUCCUAUCAAACAUUUCCAUCUUCUGUUCGACAGUGUUUCGAAAAUAGUCGAAAAUUUGUGCGUCGAAGAAGAAAAAAAAGGAAAAAGAAAAAACAAAAGAAAAAAAAGAAAAGUUUAAUCGCUAAGCUGUUCGAAUGUUUAACGUUUUUGAAAUGAAGUCCGAGGAAAAGAACGAGACGGUCAAAAAGGAUCAAUCGAAUUUUCUACGAAAUUGGUACGUUUGGAUCAUUAGCAUGAUAGGACUGUCAAGUUUAUUUUUACUAGUGACAUUUUGGUGUACGAACAUAUUCCAAGAUACUAUUCUAUCAAGUUUAAUAAUACAAAAGGGUACGACGAGCUUUGAUUUUUGGGAACGUCCUCCCGUCAAACUGAUCUACAAGUUUUACAUCUUUAAUUAUACGAACGUAGAAGAUUUCGAGAGUGGUAAGGCAAACAAGUUAAGGGUCCAACAAUUGGGACCGUACAUUUAUAGAGAAACGAAGAAACGCGUGAACGUUCAGAUCCACGAGAACGGUACGAUAAGUUAUCAAGAGGAAAAAUCAUAUCAAUGGGAAAGUGGAAAUCCUGAGAACGAGAUGGUCGUAGUACCGAAUAUUCCUCUUCUAGCGGCUAUUUCCUAUUUCCGAAACUUACAUAUCACUGCUAAAUUACUUUUAAACCUUGGCCUCUCCACGUUGAACAUAAAAACCUUUUUAAAUCUCACCGUUAGUGAUUUUCUUUGGGGAUACGACGACAAUCUUUAUAACAUCCUGAAAGCAUUCAGCUCGUUACAGGACCCUCUACCUUACGAGAGAUUUGGAAUUCUAGUCGGUUCCAAUGGAAUCUCGAAGGAUCGGAUCACUAUAAAUACAGGUUUUAACGACAUGAAUUAUCUUGGUAUAAUUGAAAAAAUAAACGGCAAGAGUAUUCAAAAUAUUUGGGGCGAUGAGAAAUGCGACAAGAUUUAUGGCACCGAUGGAUCAAUGUUUCCACCGAAAUGGAUCAACAAUUACAGUACUCCUCUUUACAUAUACGUUAAGGAAUUAUGUAAACCAUUGUCCUUUCAUUUUCAUGAAUACAGCAAUGUCCAUGGGAUACCUAGUUUGAGAUACAAAAUGUCAAUGGACUCGUUAAAAAUCUCCUCGACGGACUCCUGUUUUUGUCCAAAAACAGUGGGACACAAUACAUCGGAAAGAAAGUGUCCACCUACUGGAACUUUUAAUGUAUCAGCGUGUAAUUCCGGUCUACCGAUAUUAAUUUCCUUCCCGAAUUUCUAUGGUGCUGAUCAAUCGUUGAUAGAAUCGAUCGAUGGAUUGAAACCGAACGAAACUCUCCACGAGAGUUUCUUGGAUUUGCAUCAGUUUUUGGCCCUUCCAAUGAACGGCUCAUCGAAGAUGCAAUUGAACAUAGAAGUUCGACGAGCUAUUGGUAUGCCGUAUACUGGUAAAAUGAAAGAUGGCAUGAUAUUACCUAUCAUGUGGUACGACAAUACGCUCGAUAUACUUCCACAAAAAUUUAUCAACAUUUUCUUCGACGCUCAUUUUGUGAUAACUAUCAUUGAACGAGCCUUUCGAUGGGGUAGCGUCCUCGUAUUUUUAAGUUGCAUUUGUGCUCUUUCAAUAAAAGUACGAAAUCAUUGCAUACAUCGACAUCUACCCUUAUGUGAAAACGUUUCGGUCGGAAACAAACUAAUAGAGGGAUGAUAAAUUAUAAGCUCACUGAUAAAAGUUCGAAAGAAUAUUUCUAAUUUCAUUCAUUCGCUAACGAAUGAACGUGAAGUGGGAUGAGAUUGUUGGAAGUAACGAAAAGGAAAAGAAAA